GCCAAGCUGACCAAUUCCAAUAUGGUGGCCAGCCUGGCAGGUCUACGGUUCCUGUUGAUGAUAGUGUUGUUCUGCGGAAUCAGGUACGGCGCCUGCAGCCAGAAAGCUCCGCAGGUUUUGGGGCUGCGACUGGAAGAACCAGUGGAUCCGCUGUGCAUGAAGGGUCGUAUCAUUUCAGUACCAAAAGGAGCCACGUUUAAGCUCCGUCUCUUCGGGUGUAAUCUGAAUGGAAGCUUGCCGUCGGUCGAGUUCGCAGGGGCAGCUGGCGGAGCGGCUGGAGCUGUCGGUGAUACACUGGACCCUUGCGAGCAGCAGUCCAACCGCCAGGACUCCAAGUUAAAGGUGACCAAUUUAGAACUCGACGAUGCGCACAGCGUGCUUCUAACUGUGGAGGUUCGCACCUCUGAGGGGGAAGCUGGCAACGAGCAGACAUACUACCACCUGUGUGUGUGGAGUGGAGAGAAAUGGACAUCUACGGGUCUGGACAGACUGCGAAUAAACACCGACACGGAUCUGCCUGCAGACUACAUCCCGCCGUGGGGUCUGGCCGUACUGAUAGUGCUUGUGCUUAUGAUCUGCGGAUUGCUGAGGACGGUGAACCUGAGCCUUUUGUGGCUGGACCCAGUCGAGCUUUAUGUCCUACACAGCUGUGGAUCCGAGGAGGAGAAACGAGCCGCCAAACGGCUGGAGCCGAUCAGGAGAAGGGGGAACUUCAUGGCAUGUUCUUUGUUGUUCCUGUGUGCUCUGGGGCACUCUGUCCUCGGUGUGCUCCUGUACCGGGCACUGGGCUCCAUCGCCUCUGCGGUGUUCAACAGCGGCUUCCUUAUCUUCUUCCUAGCUGAGCUGGCUCCUCACAUCUUGUGCUCCGGUUACGGCUUCCAGCUAGCGCCUGGUCUGACCUGGCUGGCCCAGGUUUGCAUGGUGCUUACCUGCCCCCUGUCUUGCCCUCUGGGCUUGAUUCUGGAUCUAGGGCUGAGGAGAGACAUCAGCACCUGUGGGAUAAGGGAGAGGGCCAUGGAGAUGAUACGGGCAAACGUGAAUGAUCCUUACAGUGAGUUUGUAAAGGAGGAGUUCAGUCGUGGGACAUUGCGCAUUAAGACUGUGGAGGACAUCCUGACACCUCUGAAAGACUGCUUCAUGCUGCCUAGCUCGGCUGUCCUAGACUUCUCCACUAUGUCUGAGAUAAUGCAGAGUGGUUACACCCGUGUGCCCAUUUAUGAGGAAGAGAGGUCUAACAUUGUGGAAAUCCUUUAUGUGAAAGACUUGGCUCUGGUUGAUCCAGAAGACUGCACCCCAAUGACGACUAUCACCAAGUUCUACAAUCACCCUCUGCACUUUGUGUUCAAUGAUACCAAACUAGAUGCCAUGUUGGAGGAAUUCAAAAAAGGCAACUCUCACAUGGCCAUUGUCCAGAAGGUGAACAAUGAGGGAGAGGGAGAUCCUUUCUAUGAGGUGCUGGGUUUGGUCACUUUAGAGGAUGUCAUAGAGGAGAUAAUCAAGUCGGAGAUCCUGGAUGAAUCUGAUGGCUACUUAGACAGGAAAGUAAAGCGUCCCCUCACUCCACUGGAGAUUCCUCUGGAGCCUCGCAGCACCCAUGAGGAAUUUUCUCUUUUCAAGCCUCCUGAAGGAGAACCCAAGAUCCGCACUUCACCACAACUCCUGCUGGCCACACACCGCUUCCUGUCCAGAGAAGUGGAACACUUCAGCCCAGCACGUGUAUCUGAGAAGGUCCUGUUCCACCUGCUCCGUCACCCCAGUGUCAACCAGGAAGUGCACUUUGACCCUAACAACCGUCUGAGCCCAGCACAUUAUCUUUACACCCGCAACCACCCAGUGGACUAUUUCAUCCUUCUGCUGCAGGGCCGUGUUGAAGUGGAGAUUGGCAAAGAGGGGCUGAAGUUUGAAAAUGGAGCAUUUACAUACUACGGCGUGUCUGCUUUGACGCUGCCAUCUUCAGUGCACCAGUCUCCGGUGUCAACUCAGCGUCACUCUCCCAGGGAUCCUUUUGAGUCAGCAGAAGCCACGAGCCCAUCCAGCUAUUGCCCUGACUACACCGUCCGAGCUCUCACGGACCUCCAGCUCAUACGAGUGACACGUCUACAGUAUCUGAACGCUCUCAUGGUGUCACGUGCCGGCCAGAGUCCAGAUCCUCCUGAGAUCAAGAUUUUGCCGAACAGUCAGACCAAGCUGCUCAAUGACAGAAACACCACGCAAGAUUCCACAGGUGGCACCAGAGCCCAGGAGAGCUCCACAGAAGAAGAGGCUCAUGGGUAGUGCAGUUUCUGUCAGCCUGUUGUUUGGGGGGAGAAAAAAAAAAAAAAAGCCCUCCGACGACCAAGUAGAGAUUGGUUUUUAUAUUAUUGUUUGUAAUUAUUGAUAAAUCAUCUAUGGCUGGAACCUAGUUAUUGGACAAGGCUGGAGUGGAAGUGCUUUUUGUCUUUUAUGUACAUCUACUGUUCACACUGUUCAUUUCCACCCACAUUCCUUUAUGUGCUUACUAUUGGAAUUAUUAUUUCAUGCAAUUUUUAAUAACUUUGGACUAUGUGUGUGCAUGUUUAUGUAUAUACAAAUAAAAAUGUGGUGUAGCAGGAAAAAGUAUAUGGAUCCUUUGGAAUGACCUUGUUUCUAUUUGGAUUCAUUAUAAAGUGUCAUCUGAUCAUCUUCUUUGUCAGAAGCGCAAUGUGCUUCAAUCAGCAAUACAAAACUAUGUGUCUCUGAAAGAAGAGCUUCCUGUAGCUGCAGGUCAAACUUGCACUGAAUUAUGGAAAACUCUUUCCCUGCAUUGUGCAAGUCAUUCAUUUGUGGGGUGUUUUUUUGUUGUUGUUGUUUUUUUUUUUUGUUUUUUUUGUUAUUUUAAAAACUGUGGGCUGAUACAAAAUGCAAAUAUCUCCAAAGGGUUCCAUUGCUGUUUCUUGCCACUGAGUAUACAUUUUAAUCUGGUGGUGCCUUACUUCCAGAUUGAGCCUUCUGUACUAAACUUGUUUUGCCAUUCCUUACUUUUGCCUGUCUGGUGCCAAAGCUAUAUAUGUAUAUGUAUAUGUGUGUGUGUGUGUGUGUGUGUGUGUGUGUCUGUGUGUCUGUCUCUGUCUCUUUAUUGAUAUGUCCGUCCCUUUGAGACAUUAAAAACACUCGAUAGUGGGUUCUAAGCAGAUUUGCACCUUACAUUUGUGCACUGUGGAAGAUAUUAAACUAUUUGGCAAGAUGCGAGGUACGUCCGAAUUUUUCAAUUCAUUUAACAUUGAUGCCAUACACAGAAGUAUGUGUAUGUGUGUGUUGUUUUUCAUCUUUGAGUCUUGGGUGAUUGCUGAUGGGUGGUUUUUCUGCAAAUAUGGAGAAACAUCUAGGGUCUAGUUCUACUACCAUAGACCUUGGAUCCGUAGCAAAGGUUUCUUGAAGCUUGACUGAUUUUUCACAAAUUCUGGAUAUAAUGUUUUGUCAGGGUAGAAAUCAUGGCUAACACAGCACCGGCCUUUUGAAAGAAUUCUAGAAACAUUUUGUUGAGUAAAGAGGUUAACAGUGUAGACCCGUAGAGCUCUGGUGCUGUUGAUUGUUACUAUAUACAUAGAAGUGACUGACCUUUCUGCUAGUUUAUCCCGUUGUUCUCUUUUUAUCCCAAACUGACAAGUCAAAUUGAAACAUGCCUUACUGUGAGACUAAAUACAGUGUGGUUUCUCCAAAAAAAAGAAUAUAAGAACAGAACAUUGAAAAAUAAUUCAAUAUGAAACUGAGGAUGAAAAGAUGCAAAAGGAUUUCCAAAUUGAUGUCACAAGAUGAUAAACACUCAUUUGUCAUAUCUUUUAUUACUUACAAUGGGACACUACAAUGCAUCACACAUUCACCAUAAUCACUCUGACAUGAUGGAAUGGAGAUUUGAUAGUCUAAGAGAAGGAAUUUUAUUUGGCACCCCACGCAGUUAGACAUCUUACAGUGUUAAUGUUUAAAGGGACCUUACCACAAGACUAAACACCUGUUAGUGUUAAUAAUGUUUGAGACCUUUAUAGAAAUCAGUGCUCUCUAAUCUUGAUGACGACAGCCUUUCUGCUGUGAUUGGUUAUUAUGCCUUCAGGCAUGUGUAAUUAAGUAUGUGCGAUAAAUUCAGAGAAAAGGACUAUAGAAAUUCAACCAAUAUAGAGGUGCCAACAGCACACCUAACAGAGGGGGGUUUUCGACAAAUCCUGAUUGGUCGAAGAAUUAGCUUUUACAGAAAGACUGCCACUACAGAGUUUACCAUAAAGGGGAAGAAAUCCAGAAAGUAUCAAAGCUAAAAAAAAUACUAAUGAGAAGCAUAGACAUUUAUAUGAACAAAUUAUAUAUAUCCAAAUGUAGACAAUUUUGAGGGGUUUUUUAGGUUGUUAUUUUUUCCCCCUCAGUCUCCAAACAAAACUCCAGACUCGUGGUUUGUACUUGUACUUUGACUUUUGGAGCAGAAGUACAAAGUAUCAAACUUUAGGUUGCAGCUUUUCAGGUCUCACCUACUUAGCUGCUAUUACCAUGCCAAGGAGGUGAGACUAUGUUGUUAUCUUUUGCAUCUCUGCAGGCUUAAUUCAGAAACAUUGAGUACUGAAGAGCUAGAGAUUUUUGUUGAAUUUUUUUUUUAAUGAUUGGUGUAACUUAUGUGACCAUACAAUGCCUUUAGAUAAACAAAAACACCCAUCAUGUCUGAAAGGACCUAUGGAAACACCAGUUGGAACAAUAGACCAUAGAGAAGAUAUGGAAUUGAGACAGUCCACAUUACUACCUUGUCAAUCACACUACCCUUUUGACUCCAAUGGAGACCGUAAUUUAAAAAAAAAAACAAAAACGUUUUUUAUUUUAUUUUAUUUUUUAAUAGGACUUGAAACCAUAAAAGGAGACCAUAAAGUCAUCAGGAAAGGCAAGAUUUAAUAUAAAGUUAUGCAAUCAGAUCUGUGACACAGAAAGGGGACAUGUUUCUAUUGUUGCUGUUCCUAGUGUUUCUUAAGUAAGUUCUAAUUUACACGCUGUGAUGCUUCUAUGAGUAGCUCUGCUUUUCAUAAGUCAUGUAAACACAGAGCAUACAGUAAGCAGCACAGCACAGAGCGCUGUGGUUAAGUAGAGGGUCUGCUCCCUGCACUGUUCCCAGUGUGUCGUCUAAUCCCUGCAACUGGAAAUCAGAUUGGCACUGAAAGUCUGAAUGUGGUGAAAUGUUGUUUCUAAUAUUGUUUAACUGCAGUUGUCCUGUAGUUAAACAAGAUUAGAUUGAACAAAUUCCCAAGCAUUUGUUUGUGCUUCAGAGCCACCUUAAAGCACCUUAUUUCCCACCUCUUUGAAUUAUGCUGGCAUUCCUCUGUGUGUGUGUGUGUGUGUGUGUGUGUGUGUGUGUGUGUGUGUGUGUGUGUGUCUGUCCGUGUGUGUGUGUGUGUGUGUGUGUGUGUGUCCGUAUGAGUUCAACACAGUAUAUCACCUAUAGACCAGUAUGAAAACAUCCAGUCUGCACUGUAUUAUUCAUUAUCCAGUAUGCUGACAGUCUAAAAUACAUUUGAAAUGUCUGUCAGUCAUUGUUGCAUGUGUGUAAACAUGUGAGAAAAGGUCAGAAGUGGCUUCUAAAUAAUCCCUGUGUUGAUGAUAAAAUAUUAAUGAUAACAAGGAAGGACAGGAAGAGUCAGUCUUAUAAUGGAAAGCUUUCACUGCAUAAUUAAAUAAAUAGAACUAGAUGAAACAAAGCAGUGGGUUAUAAAACAACAUGUUAUUCUUCAUUGUAGGACCUAUUAUCUCAUUCAUAGAGGAAAUUAACUCAAAGGGAGCAAAUACAGUUUUGUGAGGUGAUGGAAAGUGAAUUGGCAAUAGCCAAACUGAUGAGGUGAAUUGUCAGAAAAUCAAAAUGAAUCAGUGAAAGCACAAACGGGUACAGGUUCAUCUUAGGUUUAUAUGACAAUCACAGUUGAGGUGAAAGAGUUCCAAUAAGGCCGAGCAAUCUUUAGUUUGGGAAUGGCUGCUAUAUUGUAUAAGGUAGAUUUUAAAAUCUAAAUCUAACCCUUAAAGGAUAAUUCAAGUUAAUUUCAACCUAGCUUACAUCCCAGUAAUGUGGCUCAAUGGCUCACGCUAACUUUACCUUGUCAACUCCAUUGUAGAGGUGGCAGUGUGAGAAGUUGCACAAGAAUAAUUACACAAGAAGUUGUUUCUUCACAUUGUGUUGAUGACUAUAACGGAUUUUUAGAAACCGUUUUAAAUCACAGGCAUUUAACUCAUUUUAAAUGUCUGCUUUCAAUUUUUCAGAUGCACUGGUGCCAACUUGACCUGAGAAUUCAUGGCCCAUAGAGCAAUUUCAAUAGGAAACACACCAAGUUAAUCAUUACAUAAUCAACCUGGUGUAUUUCCCACAUUGGUGUGCAGGGUUGUUUAGGAGUCGGCUCUGUAUCAGCUAUGACACAGUGUGUUUCUUUGUGUUUCAGAUCCAUGUAUGUUAGAUUCAGUCUGUGCACAUGUAUGUGUUAUUAUUCAAGUGUAUUGCCAUAUUCCAGCAGAUUCCCAGAUUCCCCGAUAAUGGGAUUGUGAGUAAAUAUUUUUUCAGCAGUUUGCUCAUAUUUUGUUCUAAAAAAGUUGAUUUCUAUGUUAUCAAAAGAUUGAAUGUAAAAAGAUAAUCCUGAUUUUGUGCGACUUGGGCAGUUUGAUGAUGUUAAGAAUUAUGUAUUACUAAAUGACUACUUGGAGUAUAAAUCUAGGAAGUAUUUUAUAGGUAAUAAGUCUUAGUUUCCAGGUACAAUACUGUUACCAGAAGAGUUAUUGAGAACUAAAUAGUUCUCUCUCUCUCUCACUCUCUCUCUCUCGCUCUCUCUCUCGCUCUCUCUCCAGGUUACAUUUGUAUAGAACUUCUAAAGUUUUUUUGUUUGUUUUUUCUGGAAUGCUGCCAGUUUUGGGUAUAUUGGGACUCCAUUGAAUUUAACACUUUCAAUAAUUUCUUAAGAAAUAAAGUAAAUCCUGUUCUGAACAUGUUAA